AUGUCGGAAAGAAAAGCGAUCAACAAGUACUACCCUCCGGACUAUAACCCGAUGGAAGCGGGAAAAAAGGCGAAGAAGGCGAAAGGCAAACAACGAAAUAGCGUCAAGAUCAGGUUGAUGACUCCGUUUAGCAUUCGAUGUUUAAGCUGUUCUGAAUAUAUUCCUGAGAAACGUAAAUUUAAUGCGGAUAAAGAAACGCUACAGGAGAAAUAUUUGGAGAGUAUAAAAAUGUACAAGUUCACGUUUAGAUGCCCGAGGUGCGACAGCCGGAUAUCGUUCAGGACUGAUCCUAAGAGUAACGACUAUGUGAUCAAUGAAGGGGGUGAGAGAAAUUAUGUUAGGAGGGAAGAUGAGGCUGCGAAGGCGAAGGAGGAAACCAUCGAUGAGACCCUUGAAAGAGUCGCAAAGGAAUACGACGCUAAGGUAGGAGGUAAAGGGGGGCAGAGCAUAGCGAAUGGGACGAAUAAAGUUGAAGAGUUGGAGUCACAACUUGAUAAAUUGCAAAGGCAACAAGAAAACGAUGAGAAACUGGAGCAGCUCAUGAAACACAACGCUGCGAAGAUGAGACGGCACACCGAAAUGUCGACUACGGGAAACAAUCAUGAUCAAGAUAUUGAUGAAGCUGUUGAAAGGGCUUUUGGUGGAGAAACCAACAUCAAGGACGACGAUGGAAGCGACGGCGUGGAUGUUGUCAAGGAUGAAAAUAAUUUUGCUAAAAAUAAAAGUAAAGAUGUGGAAACAUCGCUUGACUUGGAUGAACUGGUCUCUAUGAAGAAAAUCAAACUGAAAUUGCAAAAAAGAAUGGGGAACUCGAAGCCUAAUUCAUUGGGGAUUAAAAGAAAAGUUACGAAAAAAGUACAACACUAA